AUGGCCAAACGCUGGAGUGCCACCUCUUUUGUGGCACUCGCACUGCUAUGCUGCUUCUCUGGGACCAAGGUAGAAGCUUGGCUACAGAAUUCAUCUCCUGGAUAUACAUACAAUCUACCAAUGGUCGACAAAAAAAACAACCAACAAAAUCCGCCAAGUCAAAAUCCGCCUCCACCGCCUCAAAAUCCUUCAUGGCAAUAUGCUCCCGGUGAUGAUAUGCCAGGCAAGUCCGAUUAUCUCUUAAUGCCUCCGACAUCUUACAAUCCUCCAAGUUCAAAAAAACUCCUGCAGCGGCAAGUGACACCAGAUGUCCCGAGGAUGGACACUGAUGGAGUGUCUUAUGGCUCAUCGAUGAACCCAAAGCUCCCACCUCCUCCAUCACAGCAGAAUCUUGUCUCCAUGUUCCCACCUUUCAUCCCUAAUCCCCAUCCACAGCAGAAGCCUUCCACCCUCUUACCACCGUGGGUUCCUCAACCUCCAGUACAGCAGAAGCCUCCAGGCUUCUUACCACCUAGAGUCCCUCAGUCACCAGUAGAGCAGAAGCCCCCAGUGUUCUUACCACCCACGGUCCCUCAUCCUCCAGUACAGCAACGUCCUCCAGGAGUCUUACCACCACCUAAGGGCGGCCCUCCAUCACAGCAGAACCCUUCAUCCGGUGUACCACCUGUGAGCUCUGGUUUUCCGUCCCAGCAGAAUCCUCAAGUCAUCUUACCACCUGUUGAAUCAUAUCUUCUACCACCAAAGAAUCCUUCAUUCCUUCAACUACGGAGAAAUCCAUCACUCUCUCCACUACAGCAGAAGAACCCUUCAUUCCCAUCACAAUACGAUGGUCCUUCUCAACUACCGGUCAAGGACUAUGCAGUUCCUCGAGGCUUUGCUGAUCAGUCAGCUCACAACCCUCAAUCCAGAAGACAGCAAAUGCAACAAUCGCCAACACAGAAAUCUUCACCUUAUGAUCCCGGCAUGCAGAGCUGUGACGUGGCAGACACCCAAAGAGUCCCAUGUGGAAGUCAUGGUAUCUCUGCUGCUAUGUGUGAAUCUAUCAGUUGCUGCCAUGAUGGCAGACAGUGCUACUUUGGAAAAUCGGUGACUGUCCAGUGUACCAAGGAUGGCCAGUUCAUUGUGGUUGUGGCCAGAGAUGCCACUAUGCCCAACAUUGACCUGGGUACUAUUUCCAUGUUGGGAGAUGGUCAAGGCUGCACACAUGUGGACUUCAAUUCCGCCUUUGUCAUCUACCAGUUUCCUGUGACUGCAUGUGGCACCGUCAUUUUGGAGGAGGCAGGGGGCAUCAUCUAUGAGAACAGGAUGACUUCCUUAUAUGAAGUGGGAGUUGGGCCUCUGGGUGCUAUAACCAGGGACAGCAGCUAUGAUUUACUCUUCCAGUGUAAAUACACAGGCAUGUCCGUUGAGACUAUGAUUGUAGAACUUCAACCAGCAGGUCAUCCUCUCUCAGUGGCGGUUCUGGGUCCCAUUCGUGUGGAGCUCAGGUUGGCCAAUGGACAAUGUUUUUCCAAGGGCUGCAUUGAAGAGAAUGUCGCCUAUAGCUCUUUCUAUACGGAUGGAGACUAUCCUGUGAACAAAAUCUUGAGGGAUCCCGUGUACGUGGAGGUUCACAUCAUGGAAAGAACUGAUCCCAACCUUGUCCUCACUCUUGGUCGCUGUUGGACCACCACUAGUUCAAACCCUCAUAGUUUGCCUCAGUGGGACAUUCUCAUCGAUGGAUGUCCAAACAGGGAUGAUCGCUACAUGACCACCCUGGUUCCAGUUGGUCCGGACUCUGGUUUGGUCUUCCUAAGUCACUACAGGCGCUUCAUUUUUAAAAUGUUUACUUUCGUGGACCCCAGCUCUCUUGUGCCACAAAAAGAACAUGUCUACAUUCACUGCAGCACAUCGGUAUGCGAUGUAGCUGCUGGCUAUUCCUGUGAGCCAAUGUGUUUCAGGACAAAGAGAGAUUUGAAGUCUAUUCAGAAGAAGAAGGGCUCAAAGGUCGUGGUGUCUUCGGGACCUCUGGUCAUGAACACCUCCUGAAGAGGAAAAGGAAGAGAUUCCAUUUGGAGAAUCUUCAUUAAAGCAUUUGGAAUGUGAAUAUUGUGUUAUUUGUGAAUAUAUGUGUUAUUAUAUUACUAGUGGCGUGGAAUGAAAAUGUUGUGUAUAGCAUUGUA